AGGCGUUUGCGUGCACGGAGGUUGGAGGGGGGAGAGAGAGACUCGGAAGAAUUUCACUUCGGCUUCGCUUUUCAUCCACGUUUGGUGGGCUGGGGUGGGGAUGGCGAGCGCGGGAAAAGAGAAGAGGCAAGAAAGGGGUGACUACUUGCCCCAAGGUGCUUGGGAAUGGGGGGGGGGAAUCCGCGUAUUGGUCGGCGCGGGAGCCACUCCUCGUCCCGAGCGUUUCAUUGAUUACCUUCGCUUCGCUCCCCACGUUUAUACCCAAGUGAACAAUGUUGGAGGAGGAGGCGGCGGCGGCCAAGGGCGCCUGUUGCGUCGAUUAUUCCCGGCAGCCCGACCUGCCCGGGAAAAGACCCGGACGUGCCCUAAAGCUGCCUGGCUUGAGAGCGGCCGUUCCCUGCGCCGUAGCACGUCCCCCGUCCUUCCAAAGCCGGGUUGGGGCUGGCUCGCUUGCGCGUUCCCUCGGUCCGUUCCCCCCACCCCACCCCCGGUGCCUCUCCUUCCCCUUCUCUUGGCCAGUAUAUUUUUAGGUCAUUCGAGUGGAGGGGUAGGUAAUCCCCGGGCUCAGGUUCCAAAGGAGGCGGGUUCCGGCCGGAGGUGGAGUCACUUUUUCAUUUAAAUCCCCGACUAUAAAAUGGGUUUAAGGAGAAGCGGGAUCUCAUCAGCUGAGGCGCCCAGAGGAGCGGUGGGAGUGAGCGGCGGCGGGGGAGGCUCGGGACCACAGCGUGGGUGCCCAGCGGAGCUGCCACUCCUGCCGCGGCGAUGCUACACUCCGUGGGCGCCCAAACCUUGCAAGCGCUCAGCCAGGUGGCCGCCGCCGUGCUCCUCCUGCCCCGCUUUCUCCUGACCGCUGUGAUGCUCUGGCUCCUGGAUUUUCUCUGCAUCCGAAAGAAACUCUUGCUGACCGCCGCGGCGGCGACACCUAGUGAGGAGCAAGAGUUGGCGGCAGAGGACGGCGACUCGAGCGACAGGACCUGCCCGCCGGACGACCCUCCGCUCUGCGUCUCCGACUCGAACCGCAUGUUCACCUUGGAGUCGCUGAAAGCCGUGUGGCACGGGCAGAAACUGGACUUUUUCAAGGCGGCGCACGUCGGCGCGACGGCGCCUAACCCGGAGGUCGUCCAGCUGGACGGGCGCACGCGGCUGCGCAUCCUGGACUACGCCCGGGGCAAGAGGCCGCUGAUCCUCAACUUCGGCAGCUGCACCUGACCGCCCUUCAUGGCGCGCCUGCGCGCCUUCGAGCGCCUGGCCACGCGCUUCGUGGACAUCGCCGACUUCUUGCUGGUCUACAUCGAGGAGGCUCACCCUUCCGACGGCUGGGUCAGCUCGGACGCCGCCUACGACAUCCCCAAGCACCAGUGCUUGCAGGACCGGCUGCGAGCCGCUCAGCUGAUGAAGGAAGGCGCGCCUGGCUGCCCGCUGGCCGUGGACACCAUGGACAACGCCUCGAGCGCCGCCUACGGGGCGUACUUCGAGCGCAUCUACAUUAUCCAGGAGCGGAAGGUCAUGUACCAGGGCGGCCGGGGCCCCGAAGGCUACAAGAUCUCCGAACUCAGGCGCUGGCUCGACCAGUACAAGAGCAGCCUCCGGGCCGGGCCCAGCACCGUCGUCGUCCAGGUGUAAGAAAGACUCCCCGGCGGAGGGAAAAGUGAACGGGAAGGAAAGCGGCAGCUCGAACUGCUUCGCUCUCCUUUCCCGCCCCUUUCCGUAACUCCCGAGAGGCUCUGUGGCCCAAAGCAACACAAGGAUUCCUUCCCUAUGAAGAAGCAUCCCCAAGAUUUUGUUAGACAAAUUAGACUUACAAUAUGUAUUUUCAGUACAACAUAAUGUUGGAAAGAAAUCAUGAAAAUCACGAAUAAUCCAUCAGCAAGCAGGAUAACUUUCCGAAAACCACAGAGUGAGAGGAAUUAGAUAUGGCAGAAGAAGACAACAAAAGAAAUGUAGAGCCUGAAAAUAAGCCAGAUCAAGCCAUUGACUGCAGAGGAGGGGUGAAAAAAUCCAGAAUGCAUUUCUAUGGAAGAAUUUCUAUGAAGAAUGUCAAUGAUCCAGGUCAUGGUUGUCCCAAAGGUGCUUUUCCAAGAGGCAACUGGACUUGGGUUUUUCUCCCCUUCAAAAUGUUUUGCUUCUCAUCCAAGAAGCUUCCUUAGUUCAUUGUUCAGAACCGAAAAAGCGUCUUGGAUGAGAAGUGAAACAUUUUCAAGGGAAAAAACCCCAGUCCAAUUGCCUUUUGGAAAAGCACCUUUGGGACAUUUCUAUGGGAGACACAGUUGAGCAGCAGUUGGGAAUGUUCCAUUUUAAACACUCUGGUCAUCUGACUCCAAGUAAUGCACACAUCUUUGGCAUUUGUAAUGUGUGCAUACAUAAACACCUAUGCAACGCAAGGCAAUUAUACGGUACAAACUAAUAUAUGUCAUAUUUAUUUCAUAUUUAUUCAUUGCACAAAAUUUUUUUAAAAUGAUACUUCCUAUGGUAACUGCUGGUAAAGGGGGUUGCACGUUUCAGCUACAUUGUUUGCUGUUUGUUUUGUUUCUGCAUUUUUUUUCAUAUAUAUAUUAAAGCU